AGAGGCUAGCGCCCGUGGGGGAGGGACAGAACGCCACCCCCAGCGCCCAGAGUGCUUUAGAACCUUCCCAAUCGAGCACGUCCUCAGAGGACGCAGCCAACUCCCAGAGCUCUAGCGAGCCCUCCCACCACAGCAGCAGUCCUGGCCAGAGGACUGACCCCGACUCCAAGACUGGCCUCAGGGACUUCAGCCCAAGCGAUUGGAUCCCCAUGUCUGCCACCCGCCCGAACGCCUCCGGUGGGGCCGCCCCAGCCUCCAACCCGGACACCAGCUCCUCCCCGGUAUUGGUAACAGGAUCUGUCCCGCCCUUGGGCCCCUCCCGAGUGUCGGUACCAAGGUCCGCCCAGUCCUCAGUGCCCAGCUUCCCCCAGGGUUUGGUAAGAGGACCUCUCCCGCCCUCGGGCCCCCCUCGAGGGUCGGUGCAAGGGUCCUCCCCAAUCGUAGUGCCCGGCUACCCCUGGAUAUCGGUACCAGAAUCUCCUAUACCCACUAACCUUUCCCAAGUGUCGAUACAAGGACCUCCUACACUCAAUAACUCCCCCCGAGUGUCAGUACAAGAGUUCAUCACGCCGUCAGUGCCUGGGUACCCCUGGGUAUCGGUUCUAGUACCUCCUCCACCUAACACUCUUUCCCAAGUGUCGAUACAAGGACCUCCUGCACCCAGUAACUCCCCCCGAGUGUCAACACAUGAGUCCGCUACGCCCUCAGUGUCCGGCUACCCCUGGCUAUUGGUACAAGGACCUCCUACACCCAGUACUUCCCAACUGUCGGAUCGGCUCCGCCCCCGGGCGCUCCCCGGGUGUCAGUACAAGGGACCGCCCCACCCUCAGUGUCCAGCUCCCCCCGAGUACCAGUAG